AUGUCUAAGUCACUUUCUUGGGAUGAUCUGAGCUACAAGCUUUUGCCUUGGAUAAGGACUGCUAUAGAUGCUAUGGGUUUUGAAUCCAUGACCCCAGUCCAAGCUGCAACUAUACCCAUGUUUGCAGGAAAUAAAGAUGUCGUAGUUGAAUCGGUUACAGGAUCGGGGAAAACUAUAGCAUUUGUAAUUCCUGUACUGGAAAGGAUUGUUAGGGAAGAAGCUAAUAGAUCGAACUUCAGAAAAUGUCAUUUUCACACCAUUAUUAUCACUCCGACUAAAGAGUUGGCAUCUCAAAUCCAAACUGUCAUAGAAUCAUUUUUAAAAUUCUACCCUGAUAACCUGCAUCCAAUUAGAUCCCAACUUUUAGUUGGCACGAAUGUUUCUACUGUUAGGGACGAUUUUACAUCUUUUGCUAAUAAUAGACCCCAAAUUUUGGUUGGCACGCCUGGCAGGUUGCUUGAUUUCCUAGGGCUACCUAGUGUUAAAACUAGCUCAUGUGGUGCAGUCAUUUUAGAUGAAGCAGAUAAACUUUUAGAAAUGAGUUUUGAGAAGGAAAUUGAAGGGAUUUUGAAGUCUCUUCCAAAACAAAGAAGGACUGGUUUAUUCUCUGCAACUAUUAGCAGUGCUGGUAAUCAGGUUUUUCAAACCGGUAUGAGGAACCCUGUGAAAAUCUCUGUUCGAGUCGAUAAUAAAGCACCCAAGGGAUUGUCGAUUGGUUAUAUCACUGUAGAUGUUGAACAAAAGUUAGAUAUGUUGUUAACAAUCCUCAACAAUUACAGGUAUAAAAAGUGUAUCGUUUAUUUUCCGACUUGCAUUGCAGUGACAUAUUUUUAUUCAAUUAUACAGCAUCUUGCGAAGAUGAGGUACAUGGAAGAGGGUUUAAAUAUUUAUUCUCUACAUGGAAAAUUGCAAACUAGUUCAAGAUCUAAGACUUUGGAUACUUUUACAUCGGACUUAAAUAGAGCGAUACUACUGACAACAGAUGUGGCUGCAAGGGGGAUUGAUAUUCCAGAUAUAGAUUUAGUGCUGCAGAUGGAUCCACCUACAGAUGCAGAUAUAUUUCUUCACAGAUGUGGGAGGACUGGUAGAGCAAAUAGGGUGGGGCAUGCAGUUGUAUUAUUGAAUCGAGGGAGAGAAGAAGACUAUAUACCCUUCUUAGAAGUUAAAGGCAUCAACGUUGAACAGGUUGACAUAGAAAUGAAAAAGAUCGAAGAUCUUUCUAUCAUUUUGAAGAGAUGGGUUUUAGAGGAUCGCGCAAGAUUCGAUCACGGUUUAAAAGUUUAUGUGGCAUUUAUCAAAUAUUACUCUAAACAUACUGCCUCCUCUAUUUUCAGGUUACAAAGUUUGGACUACAUUGGCCUUGCAAAAUGUUACAGUCUGCUACGUUUACCACGAAUGCCAGAAAUUCAAAAUUAUCUACAAAAUGAUAAAAUACCAGAGGACGGUUGGCUAAUAUCUCCUCCGAUUGACUUGGAUACCUUUGCAUACGCAGACAAGCAAAAGGAAAAAGCGAGAAAAGAAGCACUAAAGGACUUGAAGAAGAAGACGCAGGAAAGAGACAAGAAGAGUAUAUUAGAAAAAGCAAAUGCUCCUUGGUCCAAAAAGUUGGCCACGAAGGAGAACAAGCACGAAAGAAGAGCGAAAAUGGCAAUAAAAAGGAAAGCUAUAGAGGAUAAAUUGGCUCUAGACGGCUCGCAAACGGAGAGUGAUGCAGAGGAAGAUUGGAAAGAUGUUAUUAGACAAAGAAAAAAAGCGAAAAAGACAUUAGAAGUUGUGGGUACCUUUAAUGAUUUAUAG